AAGCCCAGCAGCGAACAGCAGCUAGCACCUGCACGCACGCCCUCACCCUUGCGCCGCCUCCGCAAACGCCGGCGCUCGCUCCUCAAGCCGUCGGCGACUAGACCAACGAACAUCAGCUUGCGCCAAGCCGGCACCCCCAAGCUGUCCUCCGACGACUAGGCCUGCACGGCUGCAUCCCGGUCUGACCAGCCACGAUUGCAAGUCAGUAACUGCAAGGCGGCGUAGCAGGUCAGUUUGGAGCUGUAGACAAAGUUUGGGAGCAGAUCGGAUCAAGGCUGAGUGGCAUUUGGGUUUUUCGUGGACGCGUUGGUUGCUGGUCUAUGGUUGGCAGCAUGGGAACUCCCUUCUGACAGCCCCCAACACUGUCGGAACAGGCGGUCCGCCAUCUUCUUCGUCUCCGGUGGUGGUGCCAUAGCUGGUUCUGCCCCUGCCACCCCAGGAACCACUGCCACCACCUCCCGAUCGACCUCUGCCACCCCCGCAGGCAGUAGCUUUUCUUGUUUUUUACCCGUUUCUUGUCCACUUUGUUCUGUUGCUACAACUUGCAAACUAAGCUUAACCAGUUUAUUUCAUUACAAAAUCAUGAAUUGUUUGUUUCUCAACUUCAGCUUUGAAUAGGUCACCAUGGCAUGGGAGCUUACCGAGGUCCCUGGCAAUCCAACUCCCCUCCAACAUUCCACAGUUGAUGUGGUGGCAGCGAACAUUGUGCCCAAGGUAACAAAUGCUCUCAUCAGGCAAUUGAAUCAAGUAUGCCCAUUAGAGAAUCUACGGCAUGUCAAGCGGGUGCGUCGGCGUGUUGUGUGUGGCGAAAAUUCUGAGUUAUCAAUCAUCUUAUGCCUUUCCACUGGGCCUGACAAUUGUAGUGAAGGUUUUUCUGAAGAAGUCCAAAAGAUAGUGGACAACUACCAUUUGAGUCCUUUCAUUGCAAAAGUUGCCAGUUGUUCUGCUACGUCGAAAGAGGAGUGGGAGGAACAGUGCAAACUUUGGCCAACAUCUUAUCACCCCCCUAAUGACAUUGAUGGUGUAUCUGGAUUUAAAGAGGAGGAAUUACCAUCAAUAUUUCAUUGCAUGAGGACUGCUAUGCAAUUAUCACAGGUGGACAAUGCUGCCAUUAUUGUUGAUCCAUCAAGCAUGCAAAUAAUUUCAAAGGCUACAGACCAAACACACCAGCGUGAUACUUGUCUAAAUGGGAACAAAUGUGCAAUAGUAGAAGCAGAUAAUGCCAGCUUAUUCCCUGAAGCAAUUGAGGAUAAAGCUGACACUUCAUUGCCGUCGAGCUCUCGUUUUUGCAAUGGCUUAGACAGGGAGGUCUCAUGUAUAAACCCUUUCGGAUGGAUGAAACAAAGGUGUACAGAGCAGAAGACACUGCCGUCUGAAGGUGGUUUUCUCUGGCAUCCUCUGUUGCAUGCUGCAGUUGUUGCCAUUGAAAAUGCCGCCGAGAGGGAUAGAAGGAUAUUCCCUGCUUCAACGACCCAACCAAAAUUAAAUGGUGAUGUAGAGAAUUGUUCUGAUGAUGAACCAGCAAAGCGGAUAAAGAUAGUUACAAAUGAUGAAGAUCAAUCUGCACAUACAGCAUGCAGCAGCGACUUAUCUGAAAGAAACAGACCAUAUCUUUGCACAGGAUUUGACAUCUACCUUGUUUGGGAACCAUGUGCGAUGUGUGCUAUGGCGCUUGUACAUCAAAGAUUCAAGCGCGUCUUCUAUGCUUUCCCUAAUCCCAUUACUGGAGCACUGGGCAGUGUCUACAGAUUGCACGGGCAGAAAAGCUUGAAUCACCAUUACUCCGUGUUUAGGAUAAAAGUUCCUGAGGCAUAUUUGAAUGGUUCAACUGACUGUUCUGAAAAAUGGUGCUCAAAUUCUGUCUCGUCUUAGUACGAAAGCUCCAAGAGCUUUGUUCUGCAGCAACGGUAACUGCUAAAAUGCUGAUAAAUUCAGGGUUUUUCCUGUUGACAGAUUGGUUGUUGUAUCAUUUGUUACUGCCGCCAUGAGUCCAUGAGCUUGCGAGGAAAUGCUGUUUAGCCUGAAUUUAGGCAGUGUAGAAAAUUAGCUAGUGCUCCUAUUGUUCACUGCAGUUUGAUGUUUGUUUGUAUGUUUGAAAUGGAAAAGGUUAUUGUUUCCCCAAAGGUA